AUUGACAUAGUGUACUAUAGAUAAAUUAAUGAAAAUAUUUAUGGUUCUUUUCCACCCUGAUUUAUAAGUUUUUAUUAUAUUAUAUUUUUAAAAUUUAUUGAUUAACAAAAUUGUAAAUUGUAAUGUAUGUUGAAUAGUACUACAAGAGCUUUGAAGUAUAUGCGGAUGAAUACAUGCUAUUGAAUUAUCCAGUCACUAUUGGUGUCUCUCAGAUUUUCGUAGAGUAACUGAUUUGUUCAGUCUUUAACGUGUUUAAUACUUUGCCGUGGGAUAAGAUACUUAGUAGUUAGCUUUUCACCAUUUAAAAGAAAAAAUACCAAAAAAAAGCAUGUCGGAGAGAGAAGAUAACGUGUACAAAGCUAAAUUGGCAGAACAAGCAGAAAGAUAUGAUGAAAUGGUUGAAGCCAUGAAAUUAGUCGCUUCUCUAGACUUAGAAUUGACUGUUGAAGAAAGGAAUCUUUUAUCAGUCGCUUAUAAAAAUGUAAUUGGAGCUAGAAGGGCUAGCUGGCGGAUUAUAAGCAGCAUUGAACAAAAAGAAGAAAAUAAAGGAGCCGAUGAAAAACUGGCAAUGAUUCGACAAUAUCGUGCACAGGAGAAGCUGAAUGAGGAAACUGAAAAUGUUGGCCUUAAUGCUGCUAAAACAAGACAAGUUGUGAAUAGUAGGCGCCAGGAGAAUUUUAUUAUAGAAGAUCAAAUAAUUGAAAGGAUUACUAAAUUCUGCUACCUUGGGAGUAUGGAGGGGCAGAUGAUAAGUUGGGAACCGAAAGGUGAUUAUCACCGUUAUUUGGCAGAAUUUGCUACUGGAAAUGAUCGCAAAGAAGCUGCUGAAAAUUCUCUUGUUGCUUAUAAAGCUGCAAGUGAUAUAGCUAUGACAGAAUUACCUCCAACGCAUCCUAUACGUGCCAUCAGCUUGGAGGAACAGCCUCAGCCCGUCUCGUCCACUGAUCCCUGUCACUGGCCAUUCUUCUCAUAUCCACCAUGUUGCUACCUCUGGCUUGCCCAGGUCUCUCCAUGUGGACUGCCUUCACCACAGCUUGGAGCUCGACCUGCCCCUUCGCAGUACAUCAGCCGUUCUGCUGCUCUCCAGCUCUGCCUAAUGAUGUCUAAACAUGGACCCAGCCGACUCUGUCUUCGGCUCCAUGCUAGUACUGGUGUUCCUGCUGCCUCACACCAGGGAUAUUUAUCGACCCUCCGGUCUAAAUCCGCUGUGCUUUUGUUGAAAGCAGGCUCAUCUCUGGCAUGGUGUGUUUCUUCACCACGUACAGAUAGUCUUAGUCUUGGAUUGGCAUUAAAUUUUUCAGUUUUCUAUUAUGAAAUAUUAAACUCACCGGACCGAGCUUGUAGAUUAGCAAAAGCAGCCUUUGAUGAUGCAAUAGCUGAAUUGGAUACACUUUCUGAAGAGAGUUAUAAGGAUUCUACUUUGAUCAUGCAACUGUUGAGAGAUAAUCUGACAUUGUGGACCUCGGACAUGCAAGGCGAUGGUAGGAAAAUUACAGGAGAAGGUGGGUUAAAUUGGGAUGAGGAUGGGAGAUUGGUGGCGGAAGGCAAGGUAGUGCUGCUAUGGAGAACAGCUGAUUUAGGAGAGGUGAUAGUGGGGUUGGAGGUGGUGCGCUCGUUUGGCCAGCGGCGGCGGCGUAACAGUGAGCAAAAAGAACAACUUCAAGAUGUUGAAGAUCAAGAUGUCUCAUAACUUUGUGAAUUAAUGAGUAUGUUCCAUUUUUUCAUUUUAUUAAGAAGAACAGAAAGUGUUGUGUGGGUGUAUAUGAUAAUGAUUGAAAAGACUUUCCAUUGUGAGGCGGUCGGACUGAGUUUUUUUGGUUAAUAACUUAAACCAGACUUGUAAAUUUACAUCCGCUUCAUUUUUGUAGUAUUGUUGUAUAUCUGGUUAAAUUAUUGAAAACUGUUAUGUUGCAUCUAUCUUUUACUUAAAUCAAAAUAUGCCCUUAGCUAUCCCAGAGUCACCAUGCUGUUAUGAUAUUGAAGUGUACUAAGAUUACUAUAUUUGUUGUAGUUGAUUGUUUCAAAUCCUGUCUUUUUAAAUUCUUUCUUUAAUUGUAUAUUACAAAAUUUGUGAUGCUUCAUUCUAUCGUUUUUGUAUAAUUAAAAUUAAAUUUUUUUAUGCACAAAUUCAGAAAUAGCCACCAAAAUAUGCCUUAUGGGGGCACAGUAAUAAACCAUAUAUUAUUAGAACAUCUGUAGGAAAUCUUCAACACUUUUAAUUGAUAGAUGGGUGAAAAUAUUAGUAUAGAUUUUGUGUAGUAAUAUUUUGUCGCAUGGGUAAAGCUGCAAGUUUUUAUUCAAGAUCAAUUUGUUAUUUUUAAAAAUGCCUUUUUUAUUUAUUAUUUUUUUCUUUUUGUAUUAUUAUUAAAGAAAAAGUUAUUUUCUUCAUUUAUAUUUUGAAGAUGGUUGUAAUACCAUUGAAUCAACUUGAUAAUUAUUUGAUUGUAUGUAUAUGUAUAUUUAUCGGAUAUAUGUAUGUAUAUUUAUUACAUAUUUAAUGUACUUGAGUCUAUAUAUACAUAUGCACAGUUUAUUUUGUUAAUGAAUUACUUGUAGCUUUACCUUAUUCUUUUUCUGACAGUUAGUUGAAUUAAGUGUUUUGUAUUUGUUAUAUUCAUUGCACUACAUACUAAAUUAGCUUUAAACUGCUUUUAAGGUGUAAGAUAAAUUUUGUAAUAAGUUACGGCAACAGCAGUACUUAACAUUAUUAAUUUUCUUUGUUGUAUUAUUUAUUUGUAAAAUAUAAAUUGUUGUCAAUAAUUUAAUGUAGUUAAAUAAACACUUAAAAUUUGUACUACAUAUUUGAAUAUAAGUUUAAUUAAAUACUAUCUUUAAUUAACAUGUUUUUGUAAAUUAAUUUUAACCUUGUCUUGAUUGUUUCUUCUGGAAACUAAGCAUAUGGUUUCGUGUCAUGUGUGAUUGCACAUUAAAUGAAAGUGAUGUGUUGGACUGUCAGGCCUAUCACACAUACCACACAAUGCACAUGUAUGUGCAAAUGCACCCUAGAGGGAUAUGUAUGACCAUUCGAUCCAUUCUGCUUAGUUUAGCAAUAUUAAGUACUUAUGAACUGCUCCUUAUAUAAUCAUAAGAAAGUAUAUGUUCUGUAUAACUACAGAAUACAAUUAAAAUUAUAAAAAAAAAAAAAAUAAAAGAAUCAGAAGAUUAAUCUAUUUUCAAAAAAAUCGAUCUAUAAUUUCUGAUAUUUGAUGUUUCACAAAUUAUGUAAAGAUGUAGAGAAUUGAUUACAUAUAUAUUAUAUUCAAAUGUGUGUGCAUGUGUGUGAAGAAUGAUAAAAAUGAGUGUUGUGUAUUUGUUUGUGUGAAUGUGUUGCUUUUGGGCAUUUGCUUGAAAUUACAAUAAAUCACUCCUCUGCCAUGUAUCUGGGCUUUUACUUUUUACAAUGAUAUUUACAUUUUCUUACAUGCAUGUACACACAAAUAAAAAUAUUUAUUAUGCAUUCCAACUACUUAGUUUAAGGAUGAACUGUUGUUUCAAAUGAACUGUUGUUGAUAAAAUUAAGUUUGAAUUGUAUCAGUCCAUGUACUUAUGUUCCGUGUUCAUACAAAUAAAAUUAUGUUUCGUCUUU